AUGGCUAUGCCUGCUAAGCGGAAAGGGCGCGUCAACACCUUCAAUGUCUUGAUCCUCCUGUUCGUAGGUCUUGGAUCAAUGAGCUAUGGCUACACAGCCUCCAUUAUCGGCACUACACUCGGGCAACCAUCCUUCAUCAGUUAUUUUGAGCUUGAUACACGAAAGAACGGCACCGACCUCAUCUCCACGACCAACGGACUGUUCCAAGCUGGCGGUGUUGUCGGCACUUUGCUGCUUCCAAACAUCUCUGACCGGUAUGGGCGCAAGUGGGGCAUUGCAAUCAGUGCUAUGUUAGCUAUCCUAUCUGGCGCUUUUCUCGCCGGCAGCACCGACAUCGGAGAAUUCAUCGUCUUCCGCUUUAUUGCCGGUGCUAGCGCAUUCAUGAUCCUCGCGGCUAUUCCGAUUUGGAUGAACGAGGUCGUACCUGUCAAGAUGAGAGGAGGUCUUGUCGACAUACACGCUGUCUUUCUGAUUCUUGGGUACUGCAUACAAGGAUGGGUCGGCUUCGGCUUCUUCUUCGCGACGAAACUUGGAGAGAACACUUGGCGACCACCGCUGGCACUACAAUGCGCAUGGCCGCUAAUCUUACUGAGCGGGCUGUACUGGAUUCCUGAAUCGCCCAGGUGGCUGAUUAUGAAAGAUCGCAUCGAUGAAGCGCGUGUCAUUCUCGAUCGCUUACAUGGAGACCCUGCCGAUCCGGACAAUGAGUAUGCUCGGUCAGAGUUCUAUCAGAUCUCCAAGCAGAUCGCGAUUGAUAGAACACUGGGGAGCAGCUGGAUGACGAUAUUUCGCAAACCAUCGUAUAGGAAACGAGCAUUCUACACGCUGGGCCUGACGUUCUUUUGUCAGUGCUCUGGCGUACUUGUCAUCAAUAACUACGGACCUACUCUUUACAAGAACCUCGGCUUCUCGCCGGUCAAGCAGCUUUUGUACCCCGCCGCGUGGUUGACGUUCAGCUUGGGUACCAACAUCAUGGCAAUUCCACUCGUGGAUCGUUUCCCACGAAACAAAUACAUCGCUAGUGGAAUUCUAGGUUGCAUGACAACACUGAUCGUGGAAGCCGCUUUAGUCGCGGAGUUUGGUAGCUCGAACAACAAGCCAGCGCUACUUGCGGCUGUCGCCAUGUUCUAUAUUUUCCAAGUCCCAUACGGUCUAUGUAUCGAUGGUACCCAAUUCUCAUACCUCGGCGAAAUUUGGCCGACGCACCUCCGCUCAAAAGGCAUCUCGCUGGGCGUUGCAACAAUCUCCUUUACCAACAUCGUCUGGCUGCAGGCCGCGCCUACAGCCUUCAUUACCAUUGGGUGGAAAUUCUACCUCGUCUUCAUUAUUCCCGGCACCAUUGGUGGAUUGGUCAUUUGGUUUUUCUUUCCCAACACGAAUGGCCUGCCGCUGGAGGAGGUUGCUGCGAUAUUUGGCGAUGAGGCUGAUGUCGCUGUGUACCAGAAAGAGAUCAACGUGAAAGAUGGGAAGAUCUCGGAUUUGCACGAUGAUCUGAAGAGGAGCACGGGUUUACAUCUUGAGAAUGUUGAUGGCGAUAACACUUUGAGAGCUUGA